AUGCGUUCGGGUCUCGUUCUCUUGGCCACUUUGGCGGCCUCUUCUAUCGCUUUUCCUACCGAUGUCACUGCUGAGCGCCGCACCCUGAAGUUGGGUGCUGAUAUUGGUGCCAAUAUUGGCGGCGGGAUUGGCGCCGAUGUCGAAUUAGAUAUUGGUGCAGUUCUUGACGCCGUCCUGGGUGGUGGUGUGCAUGCUUCGGUUUCUCUUCUGGCCGGUCUGGGUGCCAAAGGUGCCGCUGCUCUGCAGGGUGGUGCCUUGGGAUGCAGCGCUGGCAAGAUCCACGCCGGUGCUCGCAAGGAGCUGAAGGCCUGGCUGUUGACCCAGGCCCACAUUGGCGGCUCGCUGAAGACCUCACUCCUCAAAUGGUGCGAGGGUGACGAAUCCCUCACUCUCUCGGCUGAGGUCGUGGCCGCCCUGUCCGUGUACAUCCCCAUGUGCGCCGACAUCGCCGCCAAGGAGCAGAUCUAUGUCACCAUUGACGGUAUCUUCGAUGCUGGUCACCUGGAGUCUGCCCUGGUCCUGGGCGCCUCAGUCCAGGCUUCUGUUUCUGAGUUCCUCCAUGGAGCGGCUGACCUUGAUAUCAAGGUCAAGGCCGGCCUGAGCCUCUGCGCUUCUGGCGGUGUGGUGACCAGUCUGUCGGCUGACAUCAAGGCGGGCCUUCUUGCCUGGCUGUCUGGCGAUGACUGCACUCUGAGCGCCGGUCUGAAGGCCACCGUCAUUGCCUGGAUCCACGGCCACGAGAACCACGGCCUGGUCCAGCUUGGCCACCUCUCGAAGGAUGCUCUGUCUGCUGUGUCUGUCGGUGCCUCCGUCGGUGUGCACGUCGAGGAGAGCGGCCACCUCUCCGUCGGUGCCCAGUCCUCGCUCUCCGCUUUCCUGAACGCCCACCUCUCCGCUGACCUCGACGUCGAUGUCCGCACCGCCCUCAAGGCCUGCGCUAAGGGUGACCUCGCCUCCUCCCUGAGCGUUGACGCUCGCACUGCCCUCGCUAUCUGGCUGUCCGGCUCCAAGUGCUCGCUCGGUGUCGAGCUGAAGGCCGUUGUCCUGCUGUGGCUCUCGCUGGCCGUCUCGGCGGAGGCCUCCGUCGACCUGGUGACCGGCCUGAUCGGUGACAUUACCGCUUUCCUGUCCGAGACCGUUCUCGCUACCCUCAGCGUCGACCUCCGCGGUGCCCUCUCUCUCCUUGCUGCCGGCGAGAGCCUCACCUCCCUCUCCUUCAGCACCCGUGCCGAGCUUGCUGCUUUCAUCGGUGGCUGCACUGGCCUCCACAUCGACAUGGGCAUUCAGAUCAUCAUCAUCCAGUGGUUCACCGGCUGCAGCAUCCCUGGCGGCCCUAAGCCUUCCGGCUCCAAGACUCCUAGUCUCCCCGGCCCCUCCUCCACUGGUGUCCCGUCUGGCCCUGCUCCGUCUGGCCCUGCGCCCACCGGCCCUGUCCCCACCGGCCCUGUCCCCAGCGGCUCUGUCCCCAGCGGCUCUGGCUCGACCAGCACCCCCUGUGACACCUCUGUCAUCACUCGCACCUCCCUCUCGACCGUCCCUGACUCUACUAGUCCUGCUCCAUCGGACUCGAACACCCCCAGCGGCCCCGGCGCCACCGAAUCACCUGCCCCCAGCGGUUCUGGCCAGAGCUCUACUUCGGUUGCCGUGCCUCCGGCGCCGACCACUCCCCCGACUGAGUCUAGUACUGGACCCGUCACCGUCACCGUCACCAAGACCAAGACCAUCUGUCCCUGCAAGUAA